AUGCAGAAUAUGCAAUUGAAAGCGGAAAACAAGUACAUUUGGGCAUCCAUUGACGAGAGCACCGAUAGUGAAGGUCGAAUGGUAGUGAAUUUCAUUUUCGGUAUAUUGGAUGACUGCAAAAAUAGUCCUGAACGAGGUAUUCAAUACAACAAAGUGCUCCUUGCGUUAACCGAUUCAGCCAGCUAUAUGCUCGCAGCUAUGAAGGGCUUGCAAAUAUUAUAUUCAAAAAUGUUGCAUGUGACUUGUCUUUCGCAUGGAUUGCAUCGUGUCGCCGAGUUCAUUCGUGACAAAUUCUCAAACGUUAACCAAUUGAUCUCAAAAACAAAAGCAGUAUUUUUGAAGGCUCCAUCUCGUCGAAUGAAGUUUCAACAAAUGAAUGCAGGACUGGCUCUACCACCAGAACCUGUUAUUACACGUUGGGGUACAUGGCUGAAUGCGGCUAUUUACUAUUGCGAUCAUUUUUCCGAAGUCAAAUCUGUAAUCGAUACUUUUGAUAUAGCAGACGCAGAAUCAAUUGGUUUAGCACAACAAGCGUUCAACAAUGGGGAUGUGGAAGCUGAUUUGGCGUACAUCAAAACCAAUUUCGCAUCACUGAUAGCUGCAACCGUCAAACUUGAAACACAAGGACUUGCUUUGUCUGAAAGUAUUGAAAUCGUUACAUCUAUUCGAAACGAACUACGUUCGUUGUCGCGACAAGAAUUCACUCGUAAAUUCGAAGCAGUUUUGAAACGGAAUCGUGGUUUCAUACCAAUAUGUGACAUCAAUAAUAUUUUGAAUAGGAACAUGCAACCAACUAACGAAUACGUACAUAAUCUCACUUCACAUGAACUUGCACUGUUCGCGUAUGCCCCAUUGUCUUCUGCAGACGUUGAAAGAUCGUUUUCCGAUUAUAAAAAUGUUUUAACUCUUAAACGCAGAAGUUUUCUUUUUGAAAACGUGAAACAACAUGUCAUUGUUCUUUGCAACGAAUGUAAACAAGCUGAUACGGUCACCAAACAGCGAUGGUAUAAAGGAAUUUUUGCCACUGCCGAAGAACAAGAAGACGAUUACGACGAAGAUUAUUUAUUGGAAUCGAAGCGUAAUAAUAUCAAUUUAUAA